AUGACACAAUUCGUGUUUGCAGACCGCUUUGUCUUGCCAGAGGGGUCUGCUCUGUCCUCAAACCGUCUCCAUAUCAUCUUCUAUGCAUCUCUCGUUGUGCAGCAUGCCAUCUUCCACGCUCUGUCCCAGUCGUGGCUCAAGGGCGACAGCAAGGAGAUGCUCAAGAAGCGAUGCUGGAUCCUCACUACCGUGGCCAGCUUCGUCAUGUGUGGAGCCAGUCUGCCUUACCUCUACGACCUCAUCCUCGGUGGCUUUGAUCUGCAUGCUCUACGACCCAGGACCAAGACGGUGGCCGAGCCGCUAGCUGCGUUCUUCGUCGCCUACCUUCUCUCCGAUCUUACCCUCGGCUCGAUCUACUACCGCAAGCUGAUCAACCUUUCCUCCGGCUGGAUUCACCACAUUGCGUAUACGUUUCUCUUUUCCCUUUGGGUCCACAAAGGCUGGGCGCACAUCGCAGCUACCGCGGCCAUCUUUGAGCUGCCAACGCUCAUCAUGGGUGUCGCCUCGAUCUAUCCUCCGCUUCGCUCCAACAUGGCCUUCACCGUGACCUUCUUCAGCACACGCGUCUUCUACCACUUUGCUCUGCUGAUUGCCUGCGUUACUCCGCACGGACGCAACGCUCCAGGUAUCAACGGCAGCUGGGGUCCAGCCAUCAGCCUGAUCGCCACGUAUCCCAUGCACGUCUGGUGGGGCUACAAGUGCAUCUGCAGCAUCCGACGAAGGAUGUACAAGAGGAAGCUCGAGGCUGCCCAAGUGGCCAAAGAAAAGGCAUCUCUCGCCUCGGCUGCUGGUCAGCUAUUCAACGGCAUGCCCGCUCCGGACAUCAGCAGUGCAGUCAACACGCCUGCUACGACGCCUGGUGCUGGUGCUACACAUGCCACUGCCAACUUUGGCGCAACUGGACCGGUCCAUGCCGCAUUCGCGAGGGCUGCAGCGGCCGCACGCCCUCCCGCCAAUCUCCUCCUGCCAAAGCGUCGCCGGGGUCAGCGAACGGACGGCGAGUCUCCGGUCAAGCAUCCGCUCUUGUCGAGGAGGCUUACACCGAAGUACAUCAACUCAAAGUCGGUGUUCACUGCGCCUGUCGCUCCUGAUGGUGCUGGACCCCACGAUACGGAGCCUUUCUUGGCGAUCCGCUCUCCCGCUGAAGCGAGAGAUCGGGCGCGCCGACUGGUGGCAGAUGCAGUGCGCAAGGUGUGGAUCAACGCACCUGCGAGCUGGAGGCGCCAAUUCGAGGAGGAAGCUGGCGUGCGACCCAAAGGCUUGGGCGCAACAGGCCGCAUGCCUUCGUACACAACCGACGAGUCGUCGGAAGAGUACACAGAAGCAGAAUCGGACUCGGCUGCUCAGUCAGGCAUGUCAGAGUCGCGAGCGCGUCGCUACCUGCAAGCCCAGCGAUCGCGCGUCCGUCGUGCGGUUCUGCGCGCUGUGCGAACCGCGAUCAAUGGUCGAGACGCAGACGGUGUCAAGGCAGUGACCUCGCACGAUGGCAAUGUGAUCACGACGUUUGCGGACGGUGCCGUGGCAGCGGCGGGCGAUGUGAGACCCACAGGCAUCGACAGGACGCUGCUCUCACUCGACUUCAGCUCGUUGGUCCGGUAUCUGCCGCCAGACUUCUUGGGACAGGACUCCGAGGUCCGCGAGUUCCCUGUCGAACAGGUGGCCCAGGGCAGUCGACGCAAGCGCAUCGUCGGCCAGAUCCGACGACGAAUGGAGGUGGCCCGAAGUGAUUUUGUUGUGUUCGAUUGA